AUGUCCUUAUUUGCGUCAGCGGAAGAUUACGAUCUAACCAAAAAUGAUGAGGAGGAUCGCAGUAGCGGACGAAAAAUCGAUAUUGUUUGGGCAACAUCACCAAAACUUGAAUUUGCCAUUGGAGAAAUUAGCGGUCCACCUAACCAACGCCAGCAUCCACAUUUUUUCGGAGAUAAGCUUAAAAUUGCAAAAAUGCUAAAAGUAGUGUUGAAUAGAAUAGUACGAAUAAAUGGAGGGGUCAGGGAGAGUUUGAGCAUGCUAAAACUACAUGGUUUACAAAUUUACG